AUGAAUUUCAAGUUUCCCGAGUGCUCUCCCCUGACGAUGAGCCUACAGGAGUUGGUGCUCAACAGCCCGGCCCAGUGGAGGCGUCAGUCAGGACAGUCCGACGACUCGGAAUCCAAGGACAGCGGGAUCGAGUCCCCUUUUCCACAGCAGUCAGGUGGUCAAGGUGACAGGUCGUCCCGCCGGUGCCUGUUCGGAGCCGACAGUCAGCUCACCCCACCAUCCAAGGGAAAGCGCAGCAGAUUAGAAGAUGGGGAAGGCAGCGCAUCCAAGAGACACAGAAAUGCUCGACACGGACCGAUGUUCCUGUCCCCGCAACCAGAGAAAGAAAACCGUCAUUGCAACCCACUCACUGAACGCGUGAAGAGAGCUGUUGACAAACUGGAGAUUAAGGGAGACCUCAUCGGGGACGGUAGCCAGAAUCACGUGCUGCCCACUGUUCAGGACGGAAAGCAUCAGGACCUCAAGUGCAUCACUCCUUCCACCAUGUGCGGGCUGUUGAACGGUGACUACCGUGACGUCAUCUCCUCGUACCGCGUCAUCGACUGCCGCUACCCGUACGAAUUUGAAGGCGGUCAUAUCAAGGGCGCUGAGAACAUGUACAUCGAAUGUGAUGUUGAGAAGCUUGUGAAGGAACAUCGUCACAACUCUACCGGCAGACACAUCCUCGUCUUCCACUGCGAGUUUUCCUCCAACAGAGCACCCAAGAUGAUCCGUCACUUGCGAGGUCUUGACCGGAAGCUGAAUGCUGACUGCUACCCUUCCUGUUCUACCCGGAAGUCUACCUCUUGUCUGGCGGCUAUAAGGCAUUCUACAACACCAGCAUUGCCAGGGUGCACUCACUGUGAGCCCGACGGCUACAAGCCCAUGCACCAUGAGGCACACGCUGCAGAUCUACGUCACUUCCGGGUAAAAUCCAAGUCGUGGAGCGCCGGAGAGAGCCGUGGUCGAGUGAGGCGGUCGUUGAUGUCCAGUUCUCCAUCCUUCAUGAACAGUGCCAAGUGUCUCAGUGGUUCUCCAGGAACAGUGCCAAGUGUCUCAGUGGUUCGCCAGGAACAGUGCCAAGUCUCUCAGUGGUUCGCCAGGAACAGUGCCAAGUCUCUCAGUGGGUUUCCAGGAACAGUGCCAAACUCUUCCGAGGUUCUCCAUGACUAG